AUACUUUGUUUCUAAUUUUGCAGGUGUGUACAAGCUGUGAAGACAAUGCAGAAGCCAAUGGUUUUUGUGUGGAAUGUGUAGAGUGGUUAUGCAAGACUUGUAUACGAGCUCAUCAAAGAGUGAAAUUCACAAAAGACCAUACAGUCAGACAGAAAGAAGAAGUUUCUCCAGAAGCUGUUGGUGUAACAAGUCAAAGACCUGUGUUCUGCCCUUACCACAAAAAGGAGCAACUGAAACUCUAUUGUGAAACUUGUGACAAGUUGACAUGUCGGGAUUGUCAGUUGCUGGAACACAAAGAACACAGAUACCAGUUUAUAGAAGAAGCCUUUCAAAAUCAAAAAGUGAUAAUUGACACUCUUGUUACAAAAUUGAUGGAGAAAAGCAAGUAUAUAAAAUAUACAGGGGAGCAGAUUCAAAAUAGAAUCCAUGAAGUGAAUCGGAAUCAAAAACUGGUGGAACAAGAUAUUAAAGUUGCUAUUUUCACAUUGAUGGUAGAAAUAAACAAAAAGGGAAAGGCUCUGCUGCAUCAGCUUGAGUGUCUGGCUAAGGAGCACAGGGCAAAGCUUCUACAACAGCAGCAAGAAGUGGCGGGACUUUCCAAACAACUGGAUCACGUUAUGAACUUUUCUAAAUGGGCAGUCUCCAGCGGGAGCAGCACAGCAUUAUUGUACAGCAAACGCCUGAUUACAUACCGGUUACGAUACCUUCUUAGAGCAAGGUGUGAUGCCUUACCAGUAUCUAAUGCUACUAUUCAAUUUCACUGUGAUCCUAGUUUCUGGGCCCAAAAUAUUUUCAACUUAGGUUCUUUGGUAAUUGAAGAUAGUGAAAUCCCACCACAUAUGCCUAAAAGCCCUGUGAUGGAACCAAACAUUCAGCCACAAAGUGGCUUACCUUCAAAUCAACUAUCCAAGUUCCCAACGCAGAUCAGUUUAGCUCAACUUCGACUUCAGCACAUGCAGCAGCAGGUGCUUGCUCAGAGGCAGCAGGCACAGCGGAGGGCAGGUCCUGUGGGGCUCCCAGAUCCUAGAAUUGCAGGGCCCAUGCACCAGACUCCUCCUCCUCCUCCUCCACCACCACCACCACCACCUCCACCUCCUCCUCCUCCUCCUCAGCAGCCACCUCCACGUUUGGUUAACUUUCAGAAUCACAAUCUCAAAUCCAUUGGAUCAGUUCCUCUGGCUCAACCAGUGAGAUUUCCUCAAAAUCAGACCAUACCACAUGCACCUGUAAAGCCAACUCCACUACAGAUGGCAAUUUUGGCGCAGCAAGCCAUUAAACAGUGGCAGAUCAACAGUGGUCAAGUUUCGGCUACUUCCUCAAGCGCUAGCAGUACAACUUCAACUCCUUCCAGUCCUACUAUUAAUAGUGCUGCUGGAAAUGAUGGGAAGACUUUUGCUCCAGCUAUGAUUGAUCUGACUUCAACAAUGAGUGGUUCCUUUACAUUGCCUUCUCUACCAGAUAUUGACUGUUCAGGAAGUGUGCCAUUGGAAAGUAUUGGGAGGAGAGAGGCAGCUGCAGAGCAGACCCAAACCAAGCCAUCUUCGCGCAAAACUGUGCAGUCUCCUAACUCUUCAGUUCCAUCUCCAGGACUUUCAGGUUUGGUUACUGUUUCUGGUGUCCAUCCUCCAGUGCGUUCACCCAGUGCCUCUAGUGUUGGAAGUCGAGGCAG